AGAAUAAUAGCAAGCCACGAAAAACAUCAAAUUGCAUUCAUUGAAAUUUCAAGUAGACAAAACCAAGUCACAAAAUGAACUCAGACGGAGAUAGCAACAAAGAGCAUGGGGAUAAUCAAUCUUUGGAUAGUUCCUUCUUCGAGACACUGUGGCCAUUGAUAUUGGAUGAUAAUCAAUGCCGUCUGCAGAGCGAAUCCACUGAUUAUUUUGUGCCCAGCAAGAAAUUUGAUCAGCUGCAUUGGCAUACAUUGCUGGCUGAGGUAGGCUUUCCCGACUAUCAAAAGCCGCAUGAUCUGCGCUGUUGCGAGGCCGCCAAACAGUUGGAUGAAUCCGAGCAGCACGCCGAACAGGAGGCCAAUGAAGCUGCACUGCUCCAGAGUGCUGCGGCACUUGGAGAUUAUAAAGUAGCUGGCUCGCAGGCCAUCUGUCCUGUGGACAAACAAAUCGAGCAUCUUCGGCAAAAACGGCAACGCUGCCAGAAAUUGGCUUAUGACUUUGCUAAUCGCAAAUAUCCGUGGACCAUGGCAAGGCAAUCUCACGAGCAUGGCUUUACACUCACGACUGAGCUUCGUCACCAUUUCCGGUGCCCGAUGGAGCGCAGGAUAUUGGAGGGCAUCAAUCAAUAUAAUUGCAAGUUGAUGCUGAUUGAUGCAAGCACUGAUGUCUGUGUGGAUGACUUUAAGCGCUGGAUCAAGUUCCGGCCCUAUGCUCAAAUUUUGGCCAUUGUUCGCUGUCCACGUGUCGAGCGUCAUUUGCAGUUGCUCAAUGCGUUCAACACGCUGCUGGUGGAGGAGGACAUACAGAACAGUUGGCACCAGGAGCUGCAGGUCUCUCUUCAUACAGGCCUCAAGGAGGCCAAGAGACUGCAACUACUUACCAACUGCGCCGAGGCAUUUGUGUUUAUUUUCUCACGCUAUCGCGGUCUUUGCACCUGCGAUACCUUCACAAUUUUGUGCAGAACGUAAUGUUAAUAAUGUAAAGUUUAAUAAUGAUUUCACAAUCUACUAAUUCAUUACUUAAAUUAUAAGAUUUCAAAAUGAAUUGAACAAAUUUCCAGCCUGGAAGCGAUGUGGUCUA